UACCACAGGCCCGACUAGCCCAGUAACCCAUCGGCUUGGCCCCUGAUUCCCCUGAUCCCAACACGCUCGCGGCGGAGAAGAGCACAGCAGUCGUCGACGGAGCAUCGCUAACCAAGCGAAGCGAGGAGGAGGAAGCCAUGGGUGAACAGGGGGAGCUCGCCGCGGAGAAGCACGUCCGCUACAUCGUCACCGCGGAGAAGAAGAAGGACUCGUUCGAGUCGCUGGUGAUGGAGCACCUCCGGGCCAGCGGCGCCUACUGGGGCCUCACCACGCUCGACCUCCUCCACAAGCUUCACGCCGUGGACGCCGCCGAGGUCGUCGACUGGAUCAUGUCGUGCUACCACCCGGAAUCUGGUGGGUUCGGGGGGAACGUGGGGCACGACCCGCAUGUCCUCUACACGCUCAGCGCCGUGCAGGUCCUCUGCCUCUUCGAUCGGCUCGAUGUUCUUGAUGCAGACAAAAUUGCUGACUAUAUUACUGGACUUCAAAAUGAGGAUGGAUCAUUUUCUGGUGAUAUUUGGGGUGAAGUUGAUACUAGGUUCUCGUAUAUCUCCAUAUGCACCUUGUCAUUACUGCAUCGUCUGCACAAAAUUAAUGUGGAAAAGGCUGUAGAAUAUAUUGUUAGCUGUAAGAACUUGGACGGCGGAUUUGGAGCUAUGCCAGGAGGGGAGUCUCACGCUGGGCAGAUAUUCUGCUGUGUUGGUGCUCUCGCAAUCACCGGCUCUUUGCAUCACAUUGAUAGAGAUCUCCUUGGAUGGUGGCUCUGUGAGCGCCAGUGUAGAGAUGGAGGGCUCAAUGGGCGUCCUGAGAAACUUGCUGAUGUGUGCUACUCAUGGUGGGUGUUAUCAAGCUUGAUAAUUAUUGAUAGAGUGCACUGGAUUGACAAGGAAAAACUUGCAAAGUUCAUAUUGAACUGUCAGGACAAGGAAAAUGGUGGAAUUUCAGAUAGACCAGAUAAUGCGGUCGAUAUCUACCACACGUACUUUGGAGUUGCAGGGCUUUCAUUGAUGGAGUAUCCUGGAGUGAAGCCUAUCGAUCCUGCCUACGCCCUCCCUUUAGAUGUUGUCAACAGGAUCUUCUUGACAAAACAACAGUAGUGUGCCUUAGCUAGGAAGAUCAUGUUGUGACUGCGUUGGCGUCAGGUCAGCACGAGUGGAGAGCUUACCCCUCCUUCGGUAGCUCGCACUGAUGUUUCUGAUCACUCCCAUGCAUGAGAUCAUGGCUUUGAACGUUAGUGCAGACCUCAUAUUUACCAUGAAAUCCGGACACUUGGUUAUGUAGAAGAGUGUAACGUCCAAGGACUGAGAAUCAAAUUCAAUCAAGAUUAAUAGUA